UCAGAAGUGCAGGACUAUGGAGACGGUCUGGCUGCAUGCAGGCAAAGCAGAUCUUUGGACACGCCGGAAGACGUGGAGAUUGGUGUUCGUGUAAGAGCCUGUCAACAGUGCACCUGCAGCUCUUAUGUAAUGGGCUCCUGCAAUGGACGCUCAGCAUUAGGGCCAUAAUGCAAAUUUCUUCACGGCUGGGGACCAUCAGGUGGUGUUUGUAAGGUCUUAGCCUCCCUCUAGGGAAACCCCGGCGUGGCGAUAUCCCUUCGCGAUGCAAAGAUGGCAACCCUGCUUCCUCCUCCGAGCACCUAUGUGUUACGCCCCUUCACCCAGGAAUCACUGGCGGAGAUCGAGAGGCUCCAGGAGGAAACAAAAAAGGUCUCAGAAGUAGAGGGCCCAGAGGAUGGAGAGGAACCAUUGGGCCCAAACGGUGAUCUGGAGGCAGGCAAGAAUCUACCGAUGAUCUACGGAGACCCUGCGCCAGAGCUGCUCAACACACCUCUGGAGGACAUAGACCCCUUCUACAAAACACAGAAAACAUUCAUUGUGAUCAGCAAAGGAAACACAAUCUACAGGUUCAAUGCCGAACCGGCCUGCUACAUUCUGAGCCCCUUUAGUUCGGUCAGGAGAGGCGCCAUCAAAAUUCUCAUACAUUCAUUAUUCAGCAUGUUCAUCAUGAUUACCAUUCUAUCGAAUUGUGUAUUCAUGACCAUGAGCAACCCACCAGCAUGGAGUAAAACCGUUGAGUAUGUUUUUACUGGUAUUUAUACGUUUGAGGCAACAAUCAAAGUGUUGUCUCGAGGUUUCUGUGUUGGAUCUUUUACAUUCCUUCGAGAUCCAUGGAAUUGGCUGGAUUUCAUGGUGAUCAGCAUGGCGUACGUCACUGAGUUUGUUGACCUUGGCAAUGUGUCGGCCCUUAGGACGUUUCGAGUGCUUCGAGCCCUUAAAACAAUUACUGUGAUUCCUGGUUUGAAAACAAUCGUGGCUGCUUUGAUCCAGUCCGUGAAGAAAAUGGUGGACGUCAUGGUCUUGACCGUCUUCGCCCUGGCUGUUUUCGCCCUCGUUGGCCUACAGCUUUUUAUGGGAAACCUACGUCAGAAGUGUGUGCGAUGGCCAAUCCAAACAAAUGAAACGCUAUUUGAAUUUUUCAAUACCACCUCUGCAUUUAAUGACACAAUGUCCUUCAACGACACCAUGGGUGGCAAUGGUACAUAUUCCAACAGCACCUUCAAUUUUAAUGAAUAUAUUGAAAACACAGAGAAUCACUAUUAUUUGGAAGGCAGCAAUGAUGCUCUGAUUUGCGGAAACAGCUCUGAUGCUGGAAAGUGCCCAGAGGGAUACACAUGCAUGAAGGCUGGGAGGAAUCCUAACUUUGGCUACACCAGCUUUGACUCUUUUGGCUGGUCCUUCCUUGCCCUCUUCAGACUCAUGACCCAGGACUACUGGGAAAACCUUUUCCAGCUGAUCCUACGGGCGGCUGGCAAGACAUACAUGCUGUUCUUCGUGGUGGUCAUCUUUCUGGGCUCCUUCUACCUCAUCAACCUCAUCCUGGCAGUGGUAGCCAUGGCUUACGAUGAACAGAAUCAGGCAACUCAGCAAGAGGCCAUCGAAAAAGAGGAGGAGUUCCAGCGGCUGCUAGAGCAACUCAAGAAUCAAGAACAGGCUCAAACUUUGGGCAGCCGAGCCACUCUAACCAGUAAAAAGUCACUCAGUCAACACACUCUAUCUGAGUUGGCUGAUGAUGAACAGAACAUCAAACAUGAUGAAGUUAACAAGGACUGUAAUGGUAGAGUCAUCCCCCAUCUGAUGAUCAGGGCGCCCACCAUGGUUAAGUCUGCUGCAGAUUAUGAAUGCAGAGAGGCGUCAUUAGGAUCUGUGCACAGCAUGCUUCAUCCCGAUGAACCAGGCCUGACAAUGAGAUCUGCUAGUACUAUGACUGUGCUAACUACAGCUGCUAUGGAAGAGUUGGAGGACGCUCAGAGGCCAUGCCCACCUGGAUGGUACAAAUUUGCUGACAUAUUCCUCAAGUGGAACUGCUGUGUGCCCUGGAUUGUCUUUAAAAAGUGGGUACACUUUGUGGUGAUGGACCCUUUUGUCGACCUGGCGAUUACUAUCUGCAUCGUGCUCAACACCCUUUUCAUGGCCAUGGAGCACUACCCCAUGACCCCGGAGUUUGACUACAUGCUCUCAGUGGGGAAUCUGGUUUUCACUGGGAUAUUCACAGCAGAAAUGUUCUUCAAGCUUAUCGCCAUGGAUCCCUACUACUACUUUCAAGUUGGCUGGAACAUUUUCGACAGCAUCAUUGUCACUCUCAGUCUAGUGGAGCUGGGGUUGGCAAAUGUCCAGGGUCUAUCUGUCCUUAGGUCCUUUCGUCUGCUUCGCGUUUUCAAGCUGGCCAAAUCCUGGCCCACCCUCAACAUGCUGAUCAAGAUCAUUGGUAACUCUGUAGGAGCUUUAGGAAACCUGACUUUGGUGCUGGCCAUCAUUGUCUUCAUUUUCGCUGUUGUGGGCAUGCAGCUCUUUGGCAAGAGCUACAAGGACUGUGUGUGCAAGAUCUCGUCAGAAUGCGAACUGCCUCGCUGGCACAUGAACGACUUCUUCCACUCGUUCCUCAUCGUGUUUCGCAUCCUGUGCGGGGAGUGGAUCGAGACCAUGUGGGACUGCAUGGAGGUGGCCGGAGCUGGGAUGUGCUUAGUUGUCUUCAUGAUGGUCAUGGUCAUUGGAAACCUUGUGGUGUUGAACCUCUUCUUGGCCCUGCUGCUCAGCUCGUUCAGUGGGGACAACCUCUCAGCGGGAGACGAUGACGGAGAGAUGAACAAUCUCCAGAUUGCCAUUGGCAGGAUCACACGGGGGGUCGACUGGUUCAAAGCGUUUAUUAUUCGGGUUGUCCUUGAUGUUCUUGGCAGGAAACCCAGGGAGCCCGAUGAGGAACCAAAGGAUGAUGUUGACCAUGAAGCGGAAGAAAUUGAAAUGAACCACUUGGACACCAGUCAGACAUUAAAAAUGUCAGAUGGGACAUUGGAUUGUCCGGUGGAAGGCCGGCCCUCCGGAUAUAUUGUCGAUGGAGAGCUCCACCUCAAUGUGCCGAUUGCCCAGGAAGACUCUGAUUUUGAAAAUCUGGGCGAGGACGAUGAGGACGAUGAGGAUGAUGACAGUGAUACUGAUCAUGACUCAGAGAUAUCCGAUGAAGAAAGUAACCAUCAGAACACAGAAAACUCGGAAGAUGGUGGUAGCAAACGAGGUAGUAUCAAGCUGAUGGGGGUUCUGAAUGAUGACGAUUCUUCAGUGUGCAGCACAGUGGAUGAACCAAUAGUAGUAGAGCCAAUACAAGAAGAAGAGCCAGAACCUGUAGAGCCAGAGGCCUGCUUCACAGACAACUGUGUGGGACGCUGGCCAUGUCUCACAGUGGACAUUACCCAAGGCAAAGGGAAGAAAUGGUGGAACCUCCGUAAGACUUGCUUCACUAUUGUUGAACAUGACUGGUUUGAAACAUUCAUAAUCUUUAUGAUCCUCCUCAGCAGUGGAGCUCUGGCCUUUGAGGACAUACACAUAGAGAGACGGCGAACCAUCAAAAUUAUUCUGGAGUUCGCUGACAAGGUUUUCACCUACAUCUUUAUCAUCGAGAUGCUCCUUAAAUGGGUGGCCUACGGCUUCAAGACCUACUUCACCAACGCUUGGUGUUGGUUAGACUUUUUCAUUGUAGAUAUUUCCCUGAUUAGUUUAUGUGCCAACUGGCUGGGCUACUCUGACCUUGGACCAAUCAAAUCCCUUAGAACCCUCAGAGCACUAAGGCCUCUUCGGGCACUAUCAAGAUUUGAAGGCAUGAGGGUGGUGGUGAAUGCUCUUGUUGGAGCGAUUCCCUCCAUCUUCAAUGUGCUGCUGGUGUGUUUGAUUUUCUGGCUCAUCUUCAGCAUCAUGGGAGUUAACUUGUUUGCUGGAAAGUUCUACCGUUGUAUCAACACCACCACGGAGGAACUGUUCCCCAUGGAUGUGGUCAACAAUCGUAGCGACUGCAUGGCCCUGAAAGAAGCCACACAGGAGGCCCGCUGGAUCAACGUCAAAGUCAACUAUGACAAUGUUGGAAAAGGCUACCUGUCUUUGCUACAAGUGGCAACUUUUAAAGGUUGGAUGGACAUCAUGUAUGCUGCUGUUGACUCAAGAGAGGUUGAGGAGCAGCCUUCAUAUGAGAUCAACCUCUACAUGUACAUUUACUUUGUCAUCUUCAUCAUCUUUGGAUCUUUCUUCACACUCAACCUCUUCAUUGGAGUCAUUAUUGACAAUUUCAACCAACAAAAGAAAAAGUUUGGGGACAAAGACAUAUUUAUGACUGAGGAACAAAAGAAAUACUAUGAAGCCAUGAAGAAACUUGGUUCCAAGAAGCCACAGAAGCCGAUUCCCCGCCCAACGAACCUAAUCCAGGGCAUAGUGUUUGACUUCAUCAGUCAGCAGUUCUUUGACAUCUUCAUUAUGGUGCUCAUUUGCCUCAAUAUGGUGACCAUGAUGGUGGAAACAGCUGACCAAAGUGCAGAGAAGGAGGAUUUCCUCUUUAAAGUUAAUGUGGCUUUUAUAGUUGUCUUCACUGGAGAGUGUACGUUGAAGCUCAUUGCCCUUCGACAAUACUUCUUCACCAAUGGAUGGAAUGUUUUUGAUUUUGUCGUGGUCAUCUUGUCAAUAGCUGGUACAAUGCUGUCAGACAUAAUUGAGAAGUACUUUGUGUCACCAACUCUUUUCAGAGUAAUCAGACUGGCAAGGAUCGGCAGGAUUCUGCGCCUUAUUAAAGGCGCUAAAGGCAUCCGGACGCUCCUCUUUGCUCUAAUGAUGUCACUUCCUGCCCUCUUUAAUAUUGGACUCCUGCUCUUCCUAAAUAUGUUCAUCUUCUCCAUAUUUGCCAUGUCAAACUUUGCCUAUGUCAAAAAGGAGGCUGGAAUCGAUGACAUAUUUAAUUUUGAGACUUUUGGUGGUAGCAUUAUUUGCUUGUUUCAGAUUACAACGUCAGCAGGAUGGGACGGACUUUUACUUCCAAUGUUAAACAGGGAACCUCCAGACUGUGAUCCAGACUUUGAGAAUCCAGGCACUAACAUAAAGGGUAACUGUGGCAACCCAGGCAUGGGCAUGAUGUUCUUCUGCAGCUACAUUAUCAUUUCAUUCUUAGUGGUGGUCAACAUGUACAUCGCCAUCAUCUUGGAGAACUUCAAUGUGGCACAAGAGGAGAGCGCCGAUGUGCUCUGCGAGGAUGACUUUGAAAUGUUCAAUGAGACUUGGGAGAAGUUUGACACGGAUGGAUCUAUGUACAUACAUUAUGAUCAGCUUUCAGACUUUUGCGAUACCUUGCAGGAGCCACUAAGAGUUGCUAAGCCCAACCGUUUUCACCUAAUUAAAAUGGAUCUGCCCCUGGUUAUUGGGGACAGGAUCCACUGCCUGGACGUUUUGUUGGCAGUCACACAGAUGGUCUUGGGAGACACAGUGGAGAUGGCAGCAAUGAGGGAGAGCAUUCAGAAGAAGUUCGAACUGAGCCAACCAAAACCAGAAACCUUUGCACCAAUUGUCACAACAGUACGACAAAAAGAAGAGCAGAAUGCUGCUGUAGUCAUUCAGAGGGCUUACCGCAAUCACCUUUUGACGCGCUGCAUACGCCAUGCUGCUUUUAUGCACCGCUCUAAGAGGAUGGAUGAACAGGACACCGGUGAAGAUCCACCAGAAAAAGACGGUCUGCUUGCGCGAAAGUUGGGAGUGCUCUACGGGAGUAAUGCAGAUCUUGCAGAGGAAAUGGAGCUAGCUGACUUAGAAAUUCUAGCAAGACAACAAGCAUCUAAUCCCGAGACACUGUCACAGUUCACAGAGACCCAGUCCAGUCAAGAAGGCCUUGAGUCAAAUGUCAUUGUCGUACCUGUAGAAAUUACUAAUGAAAUUACUAAUGAAAUGGAGCUAGCUGACUUAGAAAUUCUAGCAAGACAACAAGCAUCUAAUCCCGAGACACUGUCACAGUUUACAGAGACCCAGUCCAGUCAAGAAGGCCUUGAGUCAAAUGUCAUUGUCGUACCUGUAGAAAUUACUAAUGAGGUUUUACUACAUUCUGCCCCCAACAGACACAUUUUAAUCCUACAGGAAAACCUGAGAGAGACAAAUGUAUAACAAACCGAAUAACAUUAUUAGUUAUGUCUUCACCUUGUUGUUUUUCACCAGUAAAAGACAUAGCAUUAGCUAGUGUAAUGUAAUGUAGCUAAGUGUCACUAAUUAAGCUGACUUCUGCUUUAGAUGAAGAGGUUCCACCGUGCUAAUGGAGGCUGAUGAAACCUGACCACCAAUUCUUUGUUUGUUUUUUUCAUGCAAUAUUUAAGUCACUUUUUGGGUUGGCUGUGGAAUUGGGCAGCAUGGUUUUCUUUGCUGCCCAUUGACCUUUCAAAAUUAGGAAAACUAUUGGAUAGAAUUUCUCAGAAUUUCUCAGAAUCAGGCAUAUGACUAUUAGCAACUUGACGAUCCCAUUAAAACAUCUGAAUUUUAUGCUUUUUUAUACCAUACCCUGAGAAGCUGACAGGUCGAACACACUACAAUGUUUGCACUCAAUAAUUCACUUCAUAAUUCUUAUGAACAAACUAUAUAAGUUUGAUUAGUACGCACACUUCUUCAACAUGAAAGCUAUGCUGGAAUUAUUCUGUAAAAUGACACAAUGAGUCCGUCCAUCCAUAAUUACUCAAACUUGAUCCCUAUUCCUGCUCAUUUAAAGUUUCAUGUGGCCUCUCGUUACUGUAGAUACGCUUGUUUUUAGAUACUCUUAGGAAACUGGUUUUGUACAUAUGUAAAUUAGCCAUUAGAAAGGGGUAUCUGCAUCUGAUUUAUCCCCGACUACCAGUGAAACUCUGAUCUCUGUUAUUCAUUAUAAAUUAACAAUAACAUAGGCCAGCUAAUGCAGUUAACAUCUGUCCCUGACUUGCUUGUUCAGAAAGGCCCAGUUUAUAUUGCACUAUUUAUAUCCCGUCCAGGUCAAAUUUGAGCAGCUGACCGAAAGACCUGAGAUGAUUUCUCCACUGACAUAUGCAUGUCUCAUUAAAUAUGUUUUGUCUCUUGUUUGGUUCCCUCAGAUGUCAGCGCGAUGUCAAAACUCAAAGCCCUCACUUUAUCCAUCUUGGUGGAUUUCAGCAUUCAGGUUUAAACACCAUCUGUGACAGUAAACUUAAGCUGUGAUGUUUACAUUAGGAUAGCUGUUUUCUAUUCUUGUCUACUAAAUACCAAUACUUCUAGCAAUGAUGUCAUACUUUUUAAAUGCAGCGUUGUCACAGGUUGGAUCGUGUGAGAGAUGACUUAAAAUCACUCAGACAAUUUAAAUCACUGCACACACAAUUUGGGAGUAUUGGUUCGGUUAACAAAAGGACUUUGCAGUUACAAAAUUCACCAUUGUCCAAAGAGUACAUGCUCACAGCUAUUUAUGAAUUUGAAAAACAAAAUGUGCUUUCAUUUCAGUGAGAAACUUUUCUUGUUGUGCGGUUGAUCUGUUCAUCUCAAAUCUGUCCUCGUGUAAAAAGAUUGCUUCAACUUGCCGUUGUGUUAGUCUUAACUCAAUAAACACGUCUUACUUUAAAUAUAUGGUACUGUGUAAAAGUUUUAGGCUCAAAGCAAAUCAUCUCAAACAAGGUAUUUGUUUGCCCAUCAAUAAGAGUGUCAAGACAACUAGAGCAUCUGAAAUUUCUGCACAGUACUUUACAUGAGUACUUUUUACAAAUUUCUAGUUAGCUUUUGUUUUUGUUUUAUUUAUUUUUUUUGUUUUGUUUUUUUACAAUAGACAGUGGGAAUGUUCUAACAUCAACCCUGGAGGGAAAACAUAGAUGAUAAAUGUUUCCUCUAUAAGGGUCUCUUUGUCAUAUCCUGCCGUCGCUGCGUGGCAGUUAUUCCUUUCAGAAGUCUGUAAUGUGACCUGCAGCGCUCUAUUCGAGAUGAGAUACUGCUGCACUACUUAGCUAUAGUCUCUUCUGAUGGUACAGUUCACACGAAAGGUCCUCCUUUUGUUUACAUUUCUACUGGAGGAAAAGCCACACCGGGGGUCUUACUGGUACCCAUCCACAACCAUUAUCAUCUGUAUAUACAGGUUUUUGUCUUUUGUUUUUCUCCUUCUGUAUUGUACAUUUAUAUUAUUUUGUUAUUGUAAAAAUGUAACUAUUGUUAGAAUAAAACAACUCUUGUACGGAAA